AUGAGCAGCAGUAGCAGCAACGAUCCUCGACGAGUGUCUUUAUUCAAUCGUUGGGCUCAGAAGCAGAAUGAGCCGGUAACUGGCUUUGAAGGUCUCAAUGAAGAAGAGAUAAUGGAAUACAAGGAAGCGUUUCGAUUGUUCGACAAAGACGGCAACGGUUCGAUUUCGUCGAAAGAAUUGGGUGUGGCGAUGCGAUCGCUCGGCCAGAAUCCCACCGAACAAGAGCUUCUCGACAUGGUCAACGAGGUCGAUAUCGAUGGAAGCGGCACGAUUGAUUUCGGCGAGUUCUGCCAAAUGAUGAAGCGCAUGAACAAAGAGAACGAUAGCGAGAUGAUUCGCGAGGCGUUCCGCGUAUUCGAUCGCGAUGGAAACGGAUUCAUCACAGCUGAAGAGUUCCGCUACUUCAUGACACACAUGGGCGAGCAGUUCAGCGAUCAAGAGGUUGAUGAGAUCAUCGCCGAAAUUGAUAUCGACGGUGACGGACAGAUCGACUACGAAGAAUUCGCGUCAACCUUCUCCCACUAA